AUGCAGAUGGCGUCACCUAAGCUGGCAGAGAAGAAGGGAAUUAAGGUCUUAUUCAGGUCUCAAAUGUGCUUCAUGAUUCAGAAUAUUGAGAAGGCAGCUCUGCUCUCUGAGCAUGUCAAUCUGCUUGUUACUGAGGUGGAACCCGAGGCAGCAGAUCAGGAAAUGCGGGAUUUUGAGAUGCAGGUUGAUCUGGCUAAGAGAGAGCAGCAGGAACUCUUCUCUGAGAAGAUAGUGAAGAGAGAUUUUGAGAUAAUUAUCAUCUCAGAUGAGAAGAAGAAGAAGAAGAAGAAGAAUAAGAAGUAA